AUGAAGAUUCCCUCAAACCUCACUUGGUUUGACAAUGACGACUACAUCGGCCUGAAGCUUGCUUUUCCGGCCGGUUCUACUUGGCAGUUAGAAAGAAAGAUCAAAGAAAGCGAAGACUUGUACACUCAAAAAACAAGUGAGCUUUAUAAGUUUACGUCACAGGCACGAGCUACAUUUGUAACCUACAAAGUUGCCGGGAAUGGCCCAUCUACUGCAGCUAUCAAGAUCCACAUGCAGAUUCCGUGCUGGGAAACAGUCACCAAGAAGCCAUCUGUUCGGGCUAAACAGGCAGAUCCUGAGAUCCCCUACAGAGGUAGCAGCGAGGUUGAGGCUCUUUCUAUUCUGACGAAAGCCAGGUGUUCUAGCGCACCGUAUCUGAUUGAUUGGACGUACCGAAGGCAGAAUGAUAGUGAAUGGGUCCCUGGUGGUUAUAUCCAUUUCAUUGCAAUGGAGCUACUGCCAGGGGUAAACGUUUCUUCGAUCUUUAACAGUAUGGAACGCCGGGAGCGUGAUAAUUUGCGCAGCGCAUUCAAGAAGGCCUGGAUUGAAUGCAUGUCGUGUGGCGUGGAACAUGACGACACUGGCUUACAGAACCUACUCUGGGAUAGGGAACAGCAUAAAUGUUAUUUGAUCGAUUUCGAGCAUUUUGAUACGCCCAGUAGCAAAUCUGUGACCUGGCGGGAUAGGAACUAUCUAGCGUGGAAUCUGGCACAAGCACCCAAUUUCGCCGACUUCGAUGAUAUGUCGACAUGGAUAUUAUGAAAUUCUCCUGAGGAAUGAUUGCAUUGUCUAACCACACAGUCUACAGCUGUUUCUUUCUCUGUCCCUUUUUUGUGCCCUUUCAGAUUCCUUUUGCUAAAUCACUUCCUUAUUGUCUUAUUUCGAAG